AAAAACCCUUACUAAAUUAUUUUAGGUUGUUGUUUUCAGAAAAUACCUUAUAAAAGCUCAAAAAUGGGGCUUUCGUUUAGUUCUUUGUUUAGUAAAUUGUUUUCAAAAAAAGAGAUGAGAAUAUUAAUGGUUGGCUUGGAUGCGGCCGGAAAAACAACUGUUCUUUAUAAGUUAAAGCUUGGUGAAAUUGUUACUACUAUUCCCACUAUUGGUUUUAAUGUUGAGACAGUGGAAUACAAGAACAUCAGUUUUACUGUGUGGGACGUUGGUGGCCAAGACAAAAUCCGACCCUUGUGGAGACAUUACUUCCAAAACACCCAAGGUCUCAUAUUUGUGGUGGACAGCAAUGACAACGAGCGAGUUAGUGAAGCCCAGGAAGAAUUACAUAGGAUGCUGAAUGAGGAUGAAUUACGCGACGCUGUUGUUCUUAUAUUCGCUAAUAAACAGGAUCUUCCCAAUGCCAUGACCACGGCGAGUCUGACUGAUAAACUAAAGUUGUCAGGCCUUCGCAACCGACAAUGGUACAUACAAGCAACUUGUGCCACUACAGGAGAUGGAUUAUACGAAGGACUGGACUGGCUGUCAAACGCAUUGAAAAGCUUAAAAUCUUAGAUAAAAAUGGACCAAAAUUAAUGAACAAAUUGUAUGCUGCUUUCGUCGAAUCAUUCCAUGUGGCAACUGCUAACAAAUUUAAAAAAACACAGAUUUUUUCACUCCUAUUAGGUUGUUAUAUAUAAGAAAAAGGAGCAAUUAACUUAACAAUUUACAAAAUUUUGGACUAUCAUUUGACAGUUUUAAAAUUUUUCUUUGAAAGGCAUGGUUUAUUUUUUCUAUGUAUUAAAAUUGAUAAUCUUAUCAAAAUUGACAAUAAAUAAUUACAAAAAUAAUCAUAACUUAAAGAAAACCAUUUACCCCAAGUCCCCUAACUUCCCCACGGUGCAAGAUAAAAUGAAAAUCAUUUUUUAAUUUAUUUAAUAAAAUGUAUCGAAGACUGUAUAUCAUGUGUCAUACUACUGUUACAGCGUGGUGCUUAUAUCUGGUCCAUAUCGUUUUGGUGGAAGUUUAACGACGUUUACAUUUCUUAACAGCAAUUUUAGGUGUAGUGGUUUCAUGCUUCAUAUAUAAACAUCAAUUUCACUAAAUAUUUGUUAAAAACCUGAUCUUUUUGCUUAAACUAAUAGCGAACUGUUGAAAUUCACUGUAACAUGGCAAAUAUCAUUAUCAUGACAUUAAAAGUUGGAGUCCUGUGCACCCAAUUGCCAAAAUACUUUACCAAUAACUUUGAACUUUCAUGUGAGUGGCUAUUGGCCACAAAAUUUUGUUUCUGUGACAUCAGUCCUGUUUUGAACCAAUGUUUAAGCUUCCCUGCAUUUUACUCAAAAAAACCAAUUUUUUGCUAAUCCACAAACUAUAUUAGUUAGAAUACAUUGUGUAACAGUGCUUCGUGUUAUGUCCUAUAUUUUAUUUAAUCUCUCGUUUUUUAGUGAAUGUAAUAGUUUUUGCGUGUGUUUUCUGACUCACAAUAUGUGUACACUAUUUCUUUCCUUGCA